UAUAUUCCUAAGUUCUUUUCCGAAUUGGUACCAUUAAGGCUAUGUCUUUGCACUUUUCUUAAACGACCCACUCAAAUUGUUGGAAAGGUAGUUGUAGAAUUUUUCAGUUGUAUAUAACAUAUUUUCAUACGAGCGAACUAAUUUCGAAUUAAAUAACUACCUUAGCCUUAUCAGUAACGCGUUAAUUAUGGCCUUGCAACCGUUAAUUAAUUAGCCACUCGAGAAACCGAAAAUACAGAAUACACUCCUCGCACUGGAAGACUUGAAAAAUAAAGUUCAAUUUUAAGUACCGUUGAAAAAUGCCGAUGCUGUUCUGGAUUUCCGUUUAUCUGCUCGCCGGCAUCUCGUCCAGUGUGAGUGCUACAGCAGAGGAGAACGAAGUCGAAUCACUAACCUCAUCUCGCGCGGAUAAUUACAAGCAAGCUUUGUAUUAUCAACGGCCGAACAACGGCGCUCGGUCCACAAAUAACUUGCGACUUCUUGAGAUUCACGAAGAAAAUUCAGACCUGGAACGCCAGAGCCUCGAAAACGUCGCAGACAUUAUGGAUAAUGGAAAAUUUGACGCGCGUUCAAUUGAUUGGCACGGAGAUUCAGAAGAUGGAGAGAACGACGGUGGUUAUCAAGGCUCCGACAGCGAAGAAUUUUCACAAGAAGCCCGACGACUAACACGAAGGCUGGAUCGUUCGCAUAAGGAAAUUCUGGAAACCAUUCUGAAAGGAUACGAUCUUAAUGAAUGGCCACACUUCUACUACGGUAAACGAACCGACGUCCACGUUCAAAUGUUCAUCAACGCGUUCGGUAGCCUCAAUGCUGCUAGUAUGGACUUUCAAAUAGACGUGUUCCUGCGUCAGAUGUGGCAGGACCCAAGGCUGGCCUACAGCGACAAGCGCGAGUAUCUCACCGUCAUGGAUGAGGAGACUCACCGACGUAUUUGGAAGCCAGACACAUUUUUCGACAACGUCAAGGUGGCUCACAUUCACGCGGUGACCGUGCCUAACGUGGUUAUGAGGAUCACGAAGAUGGGAGAUAUCAUGUACACGAUGAGGUUGGCUCUGGUUCUGACUUGCAACAUGCAGCUACGGCUCUACCCGUUCGACACGCAGUACUGUUACAUCGACCUCUCAUCCCUUUCUAGCACCGAAGAAAUCGUCUCGUACCACUGGCAUGACAAUUUGCCCAUCAAAAUAUUAGCUGACUUGGAAAUUGCCGAAUUCGACUUGAUUGACACCAGCACAACGGAAACGAAACUCGAAUUCGCGACAGGUAAUUUCAGCGGCAUACAAGCUCGCUUCACGCUCCGAAGACAGAACGGUUACCAUCUUCUUCAGACUUACGUACCUACCAUCAUCAUCGUAUGCAUGUCGUGGUUAUCUUUCUGGAUCGAACCUGACCACGUGCCAGGCAGGGUUACGUUAUGUGUCACAACCCUGCUCACCCUGACAACCCUGGCCGGCGGUGUACGACAGAGCCUGCCUAGGGUCUCGUAUGUUAAGGCAGUGGACGUGUGGCUCGUGGUGUGCAUGCUUAUGGUGUUCGCAGUUCUCAUCGAAUUCACUGUCGUCAACUCCCUGGCUACGAGAAAGAAAGAUCCACGCCUCUAUAAAUCACCGUCGGGGCCUAUGAAGAUGCCCUCAAAAACAUAUAUUAGCCAGGCCCGACGAAUCGACGAGUUCAGCAGGGCGCUUUUCCCUGCGUUCUUCUUCUUAUUCAACGUGUUCUACUGGACUUACUACAUCCUCAGGCUCUACCAAGAGGUCAACAAAACGCCCUUCACCUACUGAGAAUCUUUUAUGAUGUUCUUUGCUUCUUCAACGUCUUCUGCUAUAUCAAAUACAUUCUACUUAUGGUUGAAGUAGUAUAAAGUUGACCCACGAGAAGCUCAUUUUUGCGGAUGUAGUUUGUUGUUCGCCUGUGAUAUCACUGAUCUCGGUGACGUCACUGCAUUAACCAACCACCGAAAUGCGAUCAAACCAGUAAACUAAUCCGUCAUGGCAUGACGGUUUUGCUACGUUUCUCGAUCUCAGUGUUGUAAUCAGAUCAGCCGCUAUACUUUUUUU